AUGCAGGGCUUCCUGUCGCGAGUGGCUCGGCUACCGUCCUCAAGCUGUCGAUGCAGAACAUGCUUGAGGACGUAUGUCAAUGGAGUCGCCACGCAGCCUUCGGCGGCUAGUCGUCGAGGACUCAAAACAGCAAAUGCAGUCACUGCCUUAUAUGGAAGCAUCUUUGCCGGUGCAGCCAUCGCCGACGCCAUGGCAAAACGAAAACGCCGGCAAGAAUGGGACGAUAAGAUUGCGGCGGUUCAGGAAGAAAUUGAUGAAUUGAUGGAUGAGGAGCGCCGAUUAUUGGAAUCUCUGUCCACUCGAAAACCUCGACAGCUUUCUACCCCCACCGUUCAACCGCGCUCGUACCGCGCCGGAAAUUCUAUGGGGUCAAUUGAGUCGAGAAAUGCACAAUUACUGGCAAAUCGAGCCUUUAGUACCAAGACACUUGCUAAAGAAAAGGCACCAGCUGAGGAAAAUGCUACAAAUGAAUAUAUGGACGAAGAAAAUUGGGCUAUCGCACAGGAAGCAGACAUCGACAAGGCAGCUUCCGCCGAGAAAACACCAUUUAAUGAAACAAAUCGGGAAAACCAUAUUAAUGAGGAGGCCGUCGAAAAGGUCGACGAAGAUGACUAUGGAGACUUCGAUGAUGGAUUCUCAACUAUGAACACUGUAGUUCCGCGACCCGAGCCGGACUUUGUUUGGGAACAAUCCAGCAUAGUCCGCAUCAAAGCUAUACAAAAAUUAGCUAUUCAACAACUUACCUAUAGGUUUCUGUUGCGACCGUCCGUCGCGCACGACUAUUCAGGUCUGCCGGUAGAAUAUCGACUGGACGAUUCCUCUGGCGCGCAUACCAGCGUGUUAUUAAGUCGUCUUCGAGGUAUUCGACAGCGGUUAUAUUCUUUAAAAUAUAUCAGGAAUUCAGCGUACGAUGAUCUUAUGUCGAAUGUGCACCUCGAAGAACUAGAUGAGCUACGCACUGAACGAGAACGAUACGAUCUACUUCUCAAACAGGACAUAGACAAGUUCAUGAAAAACAAAAUACGCCUCCCACAGUUGUUGUCGCUUAUAUCCGAAAAUCUGACAAUCUGCGAGGACCCAGACCGUCCCGAGGCAUUUUCAAUCCUGAUCACUUUUUUCAACAGAUUACACCAGAAUGACUUGUCUGACAUGGUGAUCAAAUGCUUGGUACCAAAUCUGUUCAAACUCAGCACACCUUUGAUCGUCGCCAUUGUCACACACUUCCGAAAGACCAAGAAUUUGAAGGACUUUGACCUAUUUCUUCAGAUGUUGAGAGGCGAAGGCGGCUAUCCUGUCAAUCUCAAAACAUUAUGGGUGAAAAAGAAUGUGAAUGGCAUUACAGUCACAGUGCCUCCCACAGGAAGCUUCAGCCCCCUUCUCAUCACCAGUGUCAUCACUGCGACACUUCGUUUCGAUCAACCCGAGAAAGCGGAAGCUUAUUUGCACGUAGCCCGAGUUCAUGGAUUUGUCGAUAACAUGGCUACCCUGACUGCGUUUCUGAGAUUCUACGGCAUCCGAAAUGAUUUCGAAAGUGGAUCGUCUACUCUUGUCAAUGCCUUGAAUUUCUUGUCAUCAACUUCAGAACAUGAAGAAGAUCGUGUCUCAAGACUUAUUCUGUGCAUGGCCGACUUCAGUGCUCGCUGUGGCCGACAUUACCUGUCUGAGAUGUUUCUUGAUGCUGCAGUUCGCAGUGGAUUCGACUGCCGUUUAGCUCACGUAUCGGAACACUCAAGAUCAGAGACCAAUUAUUUACUUGGAACCCUUAAGAAAUGGAGGAGAGCGCAGAUAAAUUCUGCAGCAGAAUUCUUACAACAGGAUCUUACCCUGCACGAGAAAUGCACCAAAUUCGUGGACCUUACUGCAGCGAAGGUCAUAUAUGACCAGCAUAAAGUGACACAAAAUAAAGAAGAUUUCACACCUACUCCCGUCUCCUCGACUCCAUCCGAAGAAACCCCGAACACUCAGCAAUUACCAUUACGAUGGGUCAAAUCAGAAACCUACCUCAAUGAAAGGGUUCCUACGCGAACCUCCACAACGCGGCAUCCUGUUGAAGAUCCCGCAAAAAUCAGGAAACUUCGCGCACAAUUGGACUUUUUGCAUCAACGAAUAGAUAAACUGAGUUUAGCCGGGGGCCGGGAUGGUUCUAGGGAAGACGAGUGA